UCGAAAAAAAAAUUGUUCGAAUUUAAAGUGAUUUUAAUUUUAAUUUUUAAGCAUAAACCAAAUAAAUUUAAAUUUUAAAACAAAAGUUACGCGAAAAUUUGUCGUUUUCUGCAUUGGUGAAGGACAAAAAUGGGUCUCCACGAACAAUAAAAGUGAUAGAAAUUGCAUUUGAACCUGUUGCUCUCCAAUCCCUUUUGAAGAUUUUUGAGGUGUUGUCCCGAAAAAAGUUUUAAAAGCUGUUUUGUUUUUAUUUUUGAGCCAAUUAUUGCUGAAACACGACGACUGGAUUUUAUUAAUUUACGUUUUUAUUUUUAUGUAGAAUGAGAAAAAUGUCGAAAAACAAAUUAAAUUUGACAUUGCCGCCCACUACGGCAAACGCUGACGGCACUCCCUUGCAACCAAACACUCCAACUCCGGGCAGUCUUCGCACGCCAUCCGGCACGGAUCGUCACAACUUGCUGGGCAAACCGAAAAACAGCAUCGAAGCGCUCGCCGACACACUGGACAAGCUCGAAAUCGACGAAGAUGCCCGCAAACGACUGAAAGCCUUCCUGAGUCAAAAAGAGAAAAUCGGCGAACUGAAUGACGACGACUUGGAAAAACUCGGCGAACUGGGAUCCGGCAACGGAGGCGUCGUUAUGAAAGUUCGUCACAUUCCGACACAACUGAUCAUGGCACGGAAACUUAUUCACCUCGAAGUGAAGCCAGCGAUAAAGAAACAGAUCAUUUUGGAGCUGAAAGUGCUUCACGAAUGCAAUUUUCCGCACAUUGUCGGUUUCUAUGGCGCCUUUUACAGCGACGGCGAAAUUAGUAUCUGCAUGGAGUACAUGGACGGUGGUUCGUUGGAUCUCAUUUUGAAGCGUGCCGGGCGAAUUCCCGAACCAAUUUUGGGCAAAAUCACCGAUGCCGUACUUAAGGGGCUGAAUUACUUGCGCGACAAACACUCCAUUAUGCAUCGCGACGUCAAACCGAGCAACAUUCUAGUUAACAGCAGUGGCGAGAUAAAAAUUUGUGAUUUUGGCGUGUCGGGACAGCUAAUUGACUCGAUGGCAAAUUCUUUUGUGGGUACCAGGAGUUACAUGUCGCCCGAGCGAUUGCAAGGCACGCAUUAUAGCGUUCAGUCGGAUAUUUGGUCGCUCGGUUUGAGUUUGGUUGAGAUGGCGAUUGGGAUGUAUCCGAUUCCGCCGCCAAAUUCUGACACUCUGGAUCGGAUAUUUUCGGAGCAUUCGGGAGAUACGUCGCCGGGACAAGCAUCUGCGGAACCAAGACCCAUGGCGAUAUUUGAAUUGUUGGAUUACAUUGUGAACGAGCCGCCGCCAAAGUUGGAACAUAAGAUUUUCUCGGCGGAGUUUAAGGAUUUUGUGGAUCAGUGCUUGAAGAAAAUUCCUGAAGAAAGAGCGGAUUUAAAAACGUUAAUGAACCAUCCAUGGAUAACCAAAGCCGCAUCAGCUGAAGUCGACAUCGCUGGUUGGGUAUGCAAAACAAUGGAUUUGGCGCCAUCGACACCCAAACGAAACGCCUCUCCAUUUUCCAACUAAACAAAAAUUUAACAAAAAAACCAACAUGACGAGAUCAAAAUUAUGUACAUUUAAAACGUCUUCAUAAAUUUUUAACAAAUUAUAAUCCCAUUUAUUAUUAACCAACAACGUGCAAAAAUUCACCAUAAAACUCAUUUUAAU